UUCAUAUUAAAUUUAACCUCAUCGAUCAGCGAGGUCGAGUUGUCUCUCUUUACUAUCUUUAUUAACUUCAAAAAUAUCUUAUUUCAUGACAACAAACAAGAAAAUAAACCAACUUGGAAAGCAACUAGAACAAUUAGCACUCGAAGCAAGAGAAUUAUAUCUAGACAAGGCUGUACGAGUACUCGACAAACCACCAACACCACUUGUAUUUUAUCGGGAAUAUGUCUCGCCAAACAAACCAGUCCUCAUUCAAGGUGCCGUAGACCACUGGCCAGCUAUAUCAAGAUGGAAUCAUGACUAUCUUAGGAAUAUUAUCGGUGAUUUGGAAGUGACAGUUGCUGUAACACCCAAUGGCUAUGCUGAUGCUGUAACUGAUGGCAAGUUUGUCAUGCCACAUGAGAAGAUGAUGAAAGUUAAAGACUUUUUGAAGGUCAUAGAAAAUCCUGAUGAUUUUAAAGAUGUUUACUACAUACAGAAACAGAGUUCUAACCUUACUGACGAGUUUGCUACUUUAUUAAAGGAUGUGGAUAGUGAUAUUUCGUGGGGAACUGAAGCAUUUGGAAAGGAACCAGAUGCUGUAAACUUUUGGAUGGGGGACAGCAGAGCUAUUACUUCCAUGCACAAAGACCAUUAUGAAAAUCUUUACUGUGUUGUAAAAGGAUGGAAGAAGUUUAUCUUGAUACCACCAAGUGAUUUAUCAUUUGUUCCUUAUGAAUUGUAUGAUCCUGCAGUGUAUGUACAGAAUGAUGAUGGUUCAUUUACUAUAAAGCCAACUGAUUCCAGUGACAAGGUUCCUUGGGUAGCCAUUGACCCAUUAAACCCAGAUCUAGCCUUAUAUCCAGAAUAUCAAAAAGCCAGUCCAAUAGAAGUUACUGUUAAUGAAGGAGAAAUGUUAUAUCUGCCGUCAUUAUGGUUUCAUCAUGUCCAACAGUCACAUGGUUGUGUGGCAGUAAACUAUUGGUAUGAUAUGGAGUUUGAUAUAAAAUACAACUAUUAUAACUUUGUGAAGAAUGUGACUCAGAUUAUCAAGUGACAGAUAAUUUGUGCUGAGUUGUAUUAACCUUUUGAAAUGCACAAUCAGUAUUUAGCCUUUUGUGUGUAAGGCAGCUUGAUUGAAAAUGUCUUGUGAAUGAUCAAUUGAGGUGGACUCAUAACUUCUUGAAUAUUAAAUAUAUAAUUAUAGGUUUCAUAACAAGUGACAAUUAGAUAUUAAUUUCAAUAUAAAAGUGAAUGAGCCCUUGAGGUUGUUAUUACUAUUUGAGUAAAAUACAGAGCAUUCAUAUCAAGUGAUAUCCAAUUCUCAAGUGUUUUUAAACCUAUUUCUCUUGUUGUUAAAAUUCUCUUUGUGUAAAAUAAAAAGUCUGCAACUGGUUGAUCUAUUGUUUUGCACCCAGUAUGAUGUUAUAUUCCAGUUCCAGCCUCAAACUUUAACAUCAGACAUUUUAAAACUUUUGUACGCUUCAGAAAGUAAUAAAAUUUUCAGGUAAAAA